CCUUGACUUCACAUCGUUCACUAUCCCAAACCGCAGCAUUCACCCUUCAUCCUCCCAAUUUUCGCCCAGGGCACAUGCUGGCAAACGUGUCAUAAAACCAAUGGUCUGAGCUAAUUCUUGCUCACCUCUGGAGCUGUUGGUGGCAUUUUUGUUGGCGACGACUUUGGGCCGCCUGUCUCUAUCGCGCUAUUCCCUCGCCUUUGCCGAGCAAAUCAGCCAAAGAUGGCCAGCAAUUCGGAAAAUCGACUGAACCUCCAAAAACGCGAUAAUGGAAAAGGAAGCAUCAAAAUACCUGAUCCGGCGCCUGGGCCUGCCGCGAAGGGGAAGCCAAGAUUGUUGUUGAUGGGCCAAAGGAGGAGUGGGAAAUCUUCCAUAUCAAGUGUCGUCUUUCACAAGAUGCCGCCCAAUGAGACACUCUUUCUCGAAUCCACAGCCCGGAUACACAAAGACUCCAUGCACUCCUUCAUGGACUUCCAAGUCUGGGAUUUCCCCGGGCAACUCGAGUUCAUGGACCCCUCCUUCGACGCCGACGCCAUCUUCGGCGAGAUCGGCGCCCUAAUCUGGGUCAUCGACGCACAAGACGACUACCUCGAAGCCAUCUCCCGUCUCAACAUCACGAUCAUGAACCUCGCCCAAUCCUACCCCGCCAUCAACAUCGAGGUCUUCAUCCACAAAGUCGACGGCCUAAGCGACGACUACAAAUUCGACCUCCAGCGCGACAUCAUCCAGCGGAUCCAAGACGAGCUCUCCGACCACGGCUUCGACAACGCGCCCAUCACCUUCCACCUAACCUCCAUCUACAACCACAGCAUCUUCGAAGCCUUCAGCAAGGUAAUCCAGAAACUGAUCCCCCACCUCCCCACCCUCGAAGCACUUCUAAACGACCUCUGUCGCUCCUGCCGCUUCGAGAAGGUAUACCUCUUCGACGUCCUCUCCAAGAUCUACGUCGCUACCGACUCCUCCCCGCUCGACAUGAGCAGUUACGAGAUCUGCUCCGAUUACAUCGACGUCAUUGUCGACAUAUCCGAGAUCUACGGGUGGGAGCGUCCAGCUGCUUAUCUUGAGCAAUUGGAGGGACCGCCGUGGAAUCGGCCGCUGGAGGAUCAGAUGGGCUGCCGCGAUGCGGAGAGCGCGAUUGUACUCAAGGACAUGAAGAGGCCGAUUAUGUUGAGGGAGGUGAAUAAGUACCUUGCGCUCGUGGCGGUCAUGAAGGAGGGGAGCUAUGAGAGGAUGCCGCUUGUGACUAUGAAUGUGGAGACGGUGGUGGCGGGGUUGUUGGAGGUGUUUGAGGUUACGGGGGCGAGGCGGUAGUGUGGGUCCAGUUUGGUCCUGUGGUGGGGGU